UUCGCGCCAUCCCUAGAAGGUGUAUUUCUCGAUGUUCCUCACACACAUCUCGUUGUUGACCGUAACGGGGCUACCAGGAAGCGAUUGCGAAAUGAUGACCAUCUAAAAGUUAAACUGCUAAAGGCAUUGCAGAUAUUGAUCAGGAGGCAGGAAAGUGAAGAUGCUAGCGAACGUGCUGCGGGAGAGUGGAGGCAAGUGGCUCAGAGCGAUAGCGCCACCUCUAUCAAAGCGAACCAAUGGUGGCUGAACGAAGCAGCCGUGGGGUUGUGAACAACAGCUAGCGGAGACAUCGAGGCUGCUGAACAAAUGCAAGCAUUUUCUUACUUUGUUAAGAACCGGUAUGAAGAAGAGUCCAGGAGGACGGUCAAUCAGAUCCUCAGAGCAUCGGCGCCUUUUGAGGCUUGCGAGCAACACGAACAUGUCUCGCCGGCCGGCUCAGAAAGAGUAUUGGAACGUCUGCAUCUCGAUGAACUAUUGAAAAAUAUUUGA